UCGAGCCCGUGAUCGACGUGAGCGUACGCGUUUUCCCGCAGCGCGCGCCGUUCGCCGCUUUCUUCGAUCGAACGCUAUAGAUACACAUACAUACACGUAUACGCACAUAAGGAAUCGUCGCGAGGUGCCGUGUAUGGAAGCGCGCGUGAUUUUUGAAUUUUCCAACAGUGGACGAACAGUGCCAAGAAAGAGUUAUAUUUGCGCUAGGCGAUCUCGCGCGCUGGUUUCCCACGUGUGUUCACUCGCUCGGCGAAUCUAGUUGCUGCUGCUGUGUUCUACUGUGUACCGGUGCUGGUGCAGGUGCCCCGAGCUGAACUCUGCGCGCUCGUCGAAAGGAACCUUUUAUGCGGAUACUUGCGAUAACUUUUGUAGUGAGUUCGUGCGGUCCAAAAGUUCGACGACACUGCGCUGUGAUACGGUGCUCCUGCUGGUCCUGCUCAACCUCCGCACCAAGAUCCGUGGCGAGUUAAGCAAGUGGAAAAUUGCUCAGCCAAGAUAUGUGCAGCGUUUGACGUGCGGGAGAAGCAUAACUGAAGCGAGUGUCAAGUUUGAUCAGUGAGUUCUCGGUGAUGGACGAACGCUGCUGCUGGUCGCGCGCAGUAGCAGGCCGGUGCCGGCGGUGCCCGAGUGACAGAACUGAAGCAGCGAGUGCCGCUUAACGAGACACGCAAAGUGCCGUGUUUUUGAUGCUGUGCUCCGGGCGCAUCGCGGCAGUAGGCGAAUCGUCGCGGGCCGCGCGUUUCAUGUAACGGGAUAAGAGAUUCAGGAGGGAGGCGGAGGAGGAGGACGAGGAGGACAACAACCGGGAGAGCAACGACGACGGUAUACGACGAGUAGCGCUGUUCCCGUCAGGUGAAAGCUCAGCGUCAAAAUGAUCAUGAGAAGCAGGCAGAAUCAUUACUCGUACGAGACCGUCGUCGCGCUGUUGCUCGCCCUGGGCAUCGUCCUCGCGAGGCUCGACUUCAGCUUCGCGCAAGGGGUCCCGCGAACAUUUUCGACUAGGCCUUUCCGAGGAGUAUUUCCUGUUGCAGGACCACCGCAACUCGCCAAUGCAGUACUUGAAAACACGGCCGAGCUGCCGUGCGACAUCCGACCGCCAACGCCCAACGACUCGUACGUUCUCGUCGUCUGGUACAAGGAAGACGUGAACCCCAUUUUCAGCUACGACAUCAGAGGAAAGCACGCGGGUCAGCCGUCGCAGUGGAUGGCCGACUAUCUGCACCAGCGGGCGUACUUCGUGACGGACAAGAAGCCGACGAAUCUCAGAAUCGACCGCGUGGAGAAGUCCGACGAGGGCGAGUACAGGUGCCGAGUUGACUUCAUGAAGAAUCCAACGAGGAAUUCGCGCAUCCAUCUCAGCGUUAUAAUUCCACCCGUCAAGCCGAACAUCAUCGACGAACAGGGCAAACCCGUGCAAUCGGAGGCUGGACCUUACGUGGAGGGCGGCGACAUGAGACUCACCUGUCUCGUAACUGGAGGACGACCCGAGCCAGCGGUAAGAUGGUGGCGAGACCGGGAGCUCCUCGACGCCAAGGACGGCCCGGGCGACUUACAGUCGACCAGGCGGAGCACAUUGGUACUGAAGAAUCUCAGCAGGACGCAUCUGCACGCGAAAUUCACCUGCCAGGCGUCCAACAACAACAUCAGCCUUCCCGUCUCCACGUCCGUUGCCAUCGAGAUGCACCUUCGACCGCUGAACGUGUCGAUAUUAACGAGUGAAGAGGCGCCGCUGAGUGCGGGUCGAAAGUACGAGAUCAACUGCAUGACCUUCGGCUCGAGGCCGGCUGCCAACCUCACCUGGUACAUGGAGGGUCAGCGGCUCAGCAAUUACACUCAGACGAUAUCGCCAGAUGGAAACAUGACGUCAUCAAUUUUAACUCUCACGCCGUCGCUGGAGGACAACGGCAAGUUGAUUACGUGUCGAGCGGAGAAUCCAAGAGUCAAAGGCGCUGCCCUGGAGGACACGCUGAAGCUCAACGUUUUCUACGUGCCGAUACUGAAGCUCCAGCUGGGCUCAAACAUGAAUCCCCGGGACAUCGAGGAGGGCGACGACGUCUACUUUGACUGCGACGUAAGAGCCAAUCCCGCGGCGUACAAAGUCGUCUGGAAGCACAAUGGCAACGUGCUGCAGAACAACGCGAAGAUGGGGAUGAUCGUGCAGCAGACGAGCCUGGCGCUGCGCAAGGUGAACCGCUCGCAGUCGGGCAACUACACGUGCAUCGCCAGCAACGUCGAGGGCGACGGCUACAGCAACAGCGUCGAGCUCAAGAUCAUGUACAAGCCGAUCUGCCUGCCGGGGCAGAAGCGCAUCUACGGAGUGGCGCGACAGGAGGAGGCGCAGGUGAUCUGCAGGGUGGAGGCCUAUCCACCGCCGGACAAGUUCCACUGGGCCUUCAACAACACCGAGGAGAUGGCGAACGUGCCGGAGGCCCGCUACAAGGACUCAACCCGGCAUACCGAGAGCGUGCUCACCUAUAAGCCCGUCAGCGACUCCGACUACGGCACGGUCCUGUGCUGGGCCAGCAACACCGCCGGCCAGCAGACCAACGCCUGCAUAUUCCACAUCAUCGCCGCAGGUAAGCCCGAGCCGCCGUACAACUGCACGCUGACGAACCAGACGACCCAGUCCCUGGCGGUCGAGUGCACGGCCGGCUUCGACGGUGGCCAGAGCCAGCACUUCCAGCUCGAGGUCUACGACCAGCAGACGGGCCAGCUCUGGGCGAACGUCAGCUCGAGGGAUAGCGCCUCCUUCAGCGUGCACGAGCUCGAGCCGGGCCGCGUGCUGCGCAUGGCCGUCUACGCGGUCAACUCCAAGGGUCGCAGCGACUCGACCCUCCUCGAGGGCUUCACCCUCAAAAUCGCGGAGAAGCAGACUGUGCGCGUACUGUUCACAGGAACUCCUGUGCCUUUCGAAAUCACGCCUCUGCUCGGCAUCCUUAUCGGCGUCGUCACGGCGCUGCUGCUCUGCACGGUUACGAUACUCUUAGCCCUGAAAGUCAGGAGCGACAGGCGAGCCCAGCGUCCCGGCGACCUGCCGCUCAAGAAGGCAACGGCUCCGAGCUCGGAGGACCUCUACGACGCCGACGACCGGAAUCCCGACGUUGUCCCUACCAACAAAGACUCGGAUUACCAGCUGACGGGAUCGACGGCAGGCACACCGCUGGCGGUGCAGGGCACGCCGGAGGGGCUCUCGACGUCGUCACUGCCUCCGGGUAGUCAUCAGCAACAGCAGCAGCCGGCGGCGGCGAAUCAUCCACCGGCCUACUCUCACAACGACUACAACAAUUAUCCAACGCUGCCGCUGAGCGGCGAGGUGACGUACGCGGAGCUGUGCCUGGCGCGACCUUCGAGCCUGACCACGGCCGCGGGCACCGACUGCAAGCUGGCCAGCAUCGGCGGCCUGAGCAGCCUCGCGGGCUUCAGCAGCGCGUCCAGCGGCAUAAUCGUCGGCGGUGGCAAGCAGCAGCCCGGUGGCGUGGGCUACGCCAAGGCCGAGGCGACGGUCUACGCGUGCAUCGACCACAGUGCUCGACCGCCGAAGCCCCUCGUCGAGCAGAUGUCGCUGUCCCCGGCCUCGACGACGGCCGGCCUCAACAUCAUUCAGCAGGACUCGCUGCAGCUCAAGCAGGUGCUGCCCGGCCAGCACCAUCCGCGGGAGGUGGUGACGGUGCGAACGCCCCUGAUAUCGAGUCAGGAGAGCUGUGUAUAGGGUCGGGACUCCGACGCGCUCAACGUCAACGAGUACUACGUCUGAUCGCCGAACGCGUCGAACCUUGAAAUUAGCUCCCCCGCAGCAGCAGCAACAGCAUCCCCGACAGCUACGUGUUCUACUUGUCCCCCCCUUGACCCGUACCAAGCCAGCACAGCGGCAGACCCGAAGAUUCGAGGCUGGUAAGUCGCCCGGCGCCGCGUUGUGCUUGCGAUGAUUGAACGAGGGAUACGGAGAGAUGGUAGAGAAAGAGAAACAGACGCCGCGCGACGCGAAAGUGGCGAGUGCGAGAGCUUUCCGCUGAUUUGGCAACUUUACCGGGUUUCGCUUCCUUAUCCGAAGUCGACUGCCGCCGUCGACGCACAGACCUUGCUUUCUUCCAUCGCUCUCUGCGUACUCGUAUGACCCCGUUGAGCGUUCUGUACACUUGCACACGCACACGCCCACGCAGACACACACAUACACACAGUACGACGGUGAUAUGCGAGAUUCCGCAUCGUUCAGGGAACGGAGUCGCACACCGCUUACGCCCCAAUCAUCGCGGGGAAUCGACGAAGGUAUUACGCGCGCUUAUUCCUUUUAUCGCGAAAAGUACGUAAAAGUCGGACGGCGCGCCUCUCGACGAAAGAAGCAUUUACUCGUGCCAGUAAAAAUGUAUAACGACAAUUGUAUAAAUCCAUCUUCUGUAAUUACUUCCGUACUUACAACGAUAGUUUUCUAAUCUUUUUUUAUACUAAAUAUACUAAUCAUUUGAUUGGUUGAGUCAAGACGCGCCUAAUAAUCAAUUGGCGAGCAUGCGCCGAACUUUGAGUUUCGCAUUUUCGGCAGCGUUGUCAAUUCGAGAGCACGCGCUGAACAGCGGUUGUAAAUACUCGCAUACACAUAUAUAAUGCACGCACUGUAGGAGUCGGCGCAGCCAAAGGGCGAGAACCGGUCGAUACAGCGUCGAGAGUGCUCAUUCGGAUUCCGGACGAUUUAGAAAGAUACUGCAGUAGCACCAGUGUAUACAACAACCACACGCCGCGUCGCAAAUCACCAGUUGACUGCGAUAAAACACAGACGUGCACGGACACACACUCACUAGCGGGAGAGAGAAACACGUGUCGCAGCAGCGCUUCUCUCGUUUUUCGCAAUAGCGGCCAUCUCGCGCAGUUUUUUAUUUGAACAUUAACGCGUUUAAUUAGACUCGGUACAGCUGCCUCUCUCCGCUGUCUCCCGGCCCAGCCGGCCUCAUCACUCUCCAUUUAUAUAGCGUUGUCGAGUCGAGUCUGGUAUGUAAACAGCUGGGAAGACAAAACAGACAAGAGAGAGAGAGAUAAAAAGAUGACACAAAGACACACAUACACACACACACCAAACGCGCGCGCUGUAUCGAGCGGGUGAGCGUUGUAAAUACCUGUAAAUAACCAAUCUUUUUGCGAAUCAUGCAAGGCGGAGUCGGAGAAUGAGGCGAGGGUGAAUUACGGCGAAUAAUUAUUAAGUAACGAACGAGACAAUUAUAAAGAUAAGCAGAGGCGAGAAGAGACUUUUAAGCAUUAAUCUUGCGUUAUUUAAGAGAUUAGAGAUAUUUCAAGCUCGCUAAUCGAGAGGACUAUAGAGGCGCGCGCUCGCGCGAAGAGCUCAUUCUUCUUGUUUCUUUGGCGUCGCCAAGUCGUCGAAUGGAAAACUCGCAGUCGGAAUUUGAAUUGUUUACCCAUUGACACGCUCUUGCGGGACGUGCUAUUUUAUUCGACAGCAAGGUCACCCUCGAUAUUAUGACAGUAGUCUGUAGGGCACUACAAGCCGCGAGUUAUAAAGCCCUCGAAGACCUUUCGUUAGGCGUCAAAAUUUUCAUCGUUGAGAAUAAACAAUAGAACGUGUGCGAUUUUUCCAUCGCGAGACUGGCGACCGUUGUCGAGCGGAUCGACGACUCUUUCGAGUUACCUACAUUGUAAGAUAAUCCAUGGCACAGCAUACAUAUUUUUCCAAAGUGCGUUAAUCAAUUGAUAUCGUUUGCGAGUACGUCGCUGCGAAGAGAGAAAGAGAUAGACGUGACACAACAGCAGAGAUGCGGUUUGUGAAAAUAUAAAAAAAUAUAUUAUAUGUAUAUUAUAUUAUAUAUGUAUAUGACAAGAGGAGAAGGAAAUAAAAAUGAAAUACAAUACAAAAAAGUGUAACAUCGUGAUUAUAAUGAUUGCGGACGCGGACAAAUAUUGAGUAACAAAAAAUGUCUUUCUUCUGUAUGCAUGUUCGUGAUCAUUGUACAUUUCGAAUAACUAAGAGAGCGAAUGCGAGUGCGAAGUGAGGUUACAAGAGCGAUAUAUAGCCGCGUAUGAUGCAUGCGUCAAGAGAGAUGGAAACGCGGACAAGACAGCGAGGUGCGCGCUCGGAACACAUCGAUUUCGCUUGUGACAUUUUUAUUCCUCCCGGUCCAUUAGCUGUAAAGUAUUUUGCGGAUUGUGUCGCUCUACAUCCUGGCUUUCGCGGCUUCGUUCUCUUCCCCCAUCCCUCGUUUUUUUUCUUUAUAUUCUGGUUACUCGAUGCGCGCGCGUGCUGCGGAGCAGAGCGAGUCUAGCUUCCACUUUGCGUUCGCCCGGCAGCCGACGAUCUGACCCAUGUGUUAGCAGCACUGGGUUCGUUGGGAGGUCGCGCCGACCGCGAGAAACCAUUUUCAGGUAUUUUAAGCACGCGCCUCGUUAACGAUUUGAGGAUUUUGUACGCCACCGCGAAACGAUGUCGGUCGAAUAUUUUCGGGGCACCGGUGCUACACCGGCCCCUCGCUCGCUGCCGCUGUACGCGAAUUCUCGCAGAGUGGGCCAAUCUCUCUCACCCCGACCGCCACCUCUCCCUCAUCCCUCUGCUGCGCGCAAAACGGAUGACCUUUUUUCUGUCGAUUUUUUCUCCGUCCCUUUUCCUGGCACGUUUUAUUUUAUUUCAUUCCCGCGCGCGGUCUCGAUUUUUAUUUAUUGCAUUGGAGAAGCGCCACCACGGGAGGAAAAUACAAAAUGUCAGAGUGAAAAGUGUCAGCCAACGAAAUAGAAAAAUGUUUGAAAAAAAGCACACGCUCGCGAGCCGUGCGCGAAGCGAGAGCGAGAAUAUCUGUAGCGAAAAUGCGAGAGAGAGAAAAUUUAUUUAUCGCGUUAUCAUGUGUUGUUGUGGCGUGUACUUUGGUCCUUUCGGUUUUCCAUAGGAUGCGUGUAUAAUAACGAGAAUUGCAAAUACGUUUUACGAGGGAAAAAAGACCUACGUGUUAUGUUACAAAAGCAAGUAUAAAUAUGCGAAUGGAUGUUUAAGAGAGAAAAAUAGAAUAAAAAAAAGACGAGGAAGAGCCGGCAGCGAUAUUUAAAAAUUCCUAAUGUUACACAAAUUCAUCGUUUUAUCCGUGUUUUGCGUGCUGCUUGAACGGCGCGUCGAAUUUUAUCGACGACCGCGGCUGCGCGCGAGCAGUUCUCCGGCUAUAUGAAAAAUUGCCGCUGCGGCCGGGGCGAUUGCGAGCGCGCGCGGUCGCGACGUCUUGUUGUACAAUACUAUAAAAGAGGUUGCGAGAGAGAGAGAGAGAGAGAGAGAGAGAGAGAGAGAGAGAGAGCGUGUGAAAGAGAGGAUUUGAACCUCGGCGAGCGGCCGAUUUUACAGUUGUAAGCGAGAAGAAUGGAUGAUGACUCCAAUAAUACGGAGACGGAUGAAAAACCGACGACCAUAUACGUGUAUUCACAAUAAUAAUAGAUCUAUAUAUACAUACGUCAUCGUAUUAUGAAAUAAACGUGUUGAUAUGGAAAGUGGA